AUGGGUGGGGCCCUGGGGCCGGCCCUGCUGCUCACUUCAAUCCUGGGGGCCUGGGCAGGGCCCGGCCCGGGGCAGGGCCAGCAGGCUGUGACAGUGGCCGUGGUGUUUGGCAGCUCGGGGCCACCCCAGGCCCAGGCCCGUGCCCACCUCACCCCCCAGAGCUUCCUGGACCUGCCCCUGGAGAUCCAGCCCCUCACCGUGGGCGUCAACAACACCAACCCCAGCAGCCUCCUCACCCAGAUCUGCAGGCUCCUGGGUGCUGCCCGCGUCCAUGGCGUCGUCUUUGAGGACAACGUGGACACCGAGGCUGUGGCCCAGAUCCUCGACUUCAUCUCCUCCCAGACCCAUGUACCCAUCCUCAGCAUCAGCGGGGGCUCUGCUGUGGUCCUUAGCCCCAAGGAGCCGGGCUCCGCCUUCCUGCAGCUGGGCGUGUCCCUGGAGCAGCAGCUGCAGGUGCUCUUCAAGGUGCUGGAGGAGUACGACUGGAGCGCGUUCGCCGUUAUCACCAGCCUGCACCCGGGCCACGCGUUCUUCCUCGAGAGCGUGCGCGCCGUCGCCGACGCCAGCCACCUGGGCUGGCGGCUGCUGGACGUGCUGACGCUGGAGCUAGGCCCCGGCGGGCCGCGGACGCGCACCCAGCGCCUGCUGCGCCAGCUCGACGCGCCGGUGCUGGUGGCCUACUGCUCGCGCGACGAGGCCGAGGUGCUCUUCGCCGAGGCGGCGCGCGCCGGCCUGGUGGGGCCGGGGCACGUGUGGCUGGUGCCCAACCUGGCGCUGGGCAGCACCGACGCGCCGCCCGCCGCCUUUCCCGUGGGCCUCAUCAGCGUCGUCACCGAGAGCUGGCGCCUCAGCCUGCGCCAGAAGGUCCGCGACGGCGUGGCCAUCCUGGCCCUGGGCGCCCACAGCUACCGGCGCCAGCACGGCGCCCUGCCCGCCGCUGCCGGGGACUGCCGUGGCCACCCACGGCCCAUCAGCCCUGCGCGGGAGGCCUUCUACAGGCACCUGCUGAAUGUCACCUGGGAGGGUCGAGACUUCUCCUUCAGCCCUGGUGGGUACCUGGUCCAGCCCACCAUGGUUGUGAUCGCUCUCAACCGGCACCGCCUGUGGGAGAUGGUGGGGCGCUGGGAGCAUGGUGUCCUGCACAUGAAGUACCCGGUGUGGCCUCGCUACAGUGCCUCUCUGCAGCCCGUGGUGGACAGCCGGCACCUGACGGUGGCCACGCUGGAAGAGCGGCCCUUUGUCAUCGUGGAGAGCCCUGACGUUGGCAUCGGUGGCUGCGUGCCCAACACCGUGCCCUGCCGCAGACAGAGCAAUCACACCUUCAGCGGUGAUGCGGCCCCCUACACCAAGCUGUGCUGUAAGGGCUUCUGCAUCGACAUCCUCAAGAAGCUGGCCAAGGUGGUCAGGUUCUCCUACGACCUGUACCUGGUGACCAACGGCAAGCAUGGCAAGAGGGUGCGCGGCGUGUGGAACGGCAUGAUCGGGGAGGUGUACUACAAGCGGGCAGACAUGGCCAUCGGCUCCCUCACCAUCAACGAGGAGCGCUCGGAGAUCGUGGACUUCUCCGUGCCCUUUGUGGAGACAGGCAUCAGCGUCAUGGUGGCCCGCAGCAAUGGCACUGUCUCCCCCUCGGCCUUCCUGGAGCCCUACAGCCCUGCAGUGUGGGUGAUGAUGUUCGUCAUGUGCCUCACCGUGGUGGCCAUCACUGUCUUCAUGUUCGAGUACUUCAGCCCCGUCAGCUACAACCAGAACCUUACCAGCGGGAAGAAGUCUGGGGGCCCAUCCUUCACCAUCGGCAAGUCCGUGUGGCUGCUGUGGGCGCUGGUCUUCAACAACUCAGUGCCCAUCGAAAACCCCCGGGGCACCACCAGCAAAAUCAUGGUCCUGGUCUGGGCCUUCUUCGCCGUCAUCUUCCUCGCCAGCUACACUGCCAACCUGGCUGCCUUCAUGAUCCAGGAGCAGUACAUUGACACUGUGUCUGGCCUCAGCGACAAGAAGUUUCAGCGGCCUCAAGAUCAGUACCCACCCUUCCGUUUUGGCACUGUGCCCAAUGGCAGCACGGAGCGGAAUAUCCGCAGCAACUACCGCGACAUGCACACCCACAUGGUCAAGUUCAACCAGCGCUCUGUAGAGGAUGCGCUCACCAGCCUCAAGAUGGGGAAGCUGGAUGCCUUCAUCUACGACGCUGCUGUCCUCAACUACAUGGCGGGCAAGGACGAGGGCUGCAAGCUGGUCACCAUCGGGUCCGGCAAGGUCUUCGCCACCACUGGCUACGGCAUCGCCAUGCAGAAGGACUCCCACUGGAAGCGGCCCAUAGACCUGGCACUCCUGCAGUUCCUGGGGGACGGGGAGACACAGAAGCUGGAGACGGUGUGGCUCUCGGGGAUCUGCCAGAAGGAGAAGAACGAGGUGAUGAGCAGCAAGCUGGACAUCGACAACAUGGCGGGCGUCUUCUACAUGCUGCUGGUGGCCAUGGGGCUGGCACUGCUCGUCUUCGCCUGGGAGCAUCUGGUCUACUGGAAGCUGCGUCACUCGGUGCCCCACACGUCCCAGCUGGACUUCCUGCUGGCCUUCAGCAGGGGCAUCUACAGCUGCUUCAGCGGCGUGCAGAGGCUGGCCAGCCCCGUGCGGCCGCCCAGCCCGGACCUCACGGCCAGCUCGGCUCAGGCCAGCGUGCUCAAAAUGCUGCAGGCGGCGCGCGACAUGGUGACCACAGCGGGCGUGAGCAGCUCCCUGGACCACGCCACGCGCACCAUCGAGAACUCGCGGGCCUGGCGGCUCCUCUUGGCCUCCGAGAGGCGCGCGCUCUCGGAGCGCCCCCUAUCCCCUGCGCGCUGUCCCUACAACUCCUUCCCGCGAGCCGACCGGGCGCGGCGCCCCUUCCUCCCGCUCUUCCCGGAGCCCACGGAGCCCACGGAGCCCAAGGACCUGUCGCUGCUCGAGCGGGAGCAGCUGGCCCGGCGGGAGGCCCUGCUGCGCGCGGCCUGGGCCCGCAGUCCCCGCCCGCGCCACGCCUCCCUGCUCAGCUCGGUGGCCGCGGACUUCGCUCGGCCCAGCUCGCUACCUGCGCCGUGCGCCGGUCCCACCUGCACCUGCCGCAAAGCCGGCCAGGCCUGGAGGCGCCCGGCAUCGUCGCUGCGGCUGCCGUUCUACCGCGAGGCCUGCCAGGGGCGCGUGCCGGCAGGGACCCCCACCUGGCCGCACGGACAGCACGCCUGCUUCCACGCCCAUGCCAAUCUGCCGCUCUGCUGGGGUACUGUCUGCCCUCACCUCCCACCCUGUGCCAGCCAUGGCCCCUGGCUCCCUGGGGUCUGGGGGCCUCAGGGGCACAGGGGCAGGACUCUGGGGCUGAGCACAGGCUACAGGGACAGUGAGGGGCUGGAUGAGGUCAGCAGGGUGGCCUGCGGAAUGCACGGCCUCCCAGGCCCUUGCACCUGGAGGCGGUUCUCCAGUCUGGAGUCGGAAGUGUGA